AAGACGGAGCCUUGCAUCUUUCUCAUUGGCCGUCCGUCCACCAAUGAGCAGCCCAGACGGGCCAGAGGGACUACAUAUGCAAAGCCUUGCUUCAUUAUUCAUGAGCUCCAAUUGUGGCUUUAAGUCCUUGAUUAGAAGAGUGCUAGAGCUUUUGGUCCCAACCGGCUGGCUGCUGUGCCUGUAGGCUUGUCACACGGAGGACCACUGUGCCUGAUUGCAGUGCUCUGACAGGAACGGAGCGAGGGAGAGGAGAGAGAGAGGAGAGAGAGAGAAGAAAGAGAGGAGGACAGGAGAGGAGAGGAGGAUAGCAGAAAAAAAACUUUGAUUCAUAGAGGAGGUUUUCUCAUAUUAUGGUGGCAGUGUGCAGAUGGAUUCUGUAGAACUUCCCGAGGGUUACUCUCUACACUCUGAACAACAAGAGUAGAAUGAACGUAUCAAAGGCCCAGGUUAAUAGCGAAGAUAAAUACGGCAAAUGUGGCAGUGCGUGGAGAAUGCAACAGACUUACGACCUCGACGCCACUCACAUGCGUGACACACAUGCACUUUAUAACCCAAGGCACCUGUGCAGAAUGUCCAGCAAAGAGCGCCACCUAGAGUCCAGCUGCCCGUCCUACAUUAAGACAGAGCCCUCCAGCCCCGCCUCCCUGGCUGACAGCAUCAACCACCACAGCCCUGGGGGCUCCAGUGACGCCAGCGGCUCCUACAGCUCUACCAUGAACGGCCACCAGAACGGCCUGGACUCCCCCACCCUGUACGGGCCUGGGGCCGGCCCCCUGGGCCCUGCAGGGGCCUCCAAGCGCUACGAAGACUGCUCCAGCACCAUUGGGGAGGACUCGCAGAUCAAGUGCGAGUACAUGUUGAAUUCCAUGCCCAAGCGGCUGUGCCUGGUGUGUGGCGACAUCGCCUCGGGCUACCACUACGGCGUGGCCUCCUGCGAGGCCUGCAAGGCCUUCUUCAAGAGGACCAUCCAAGGGAACAUUGAGUACAGCUGCCCUGCCACCAACGAGUGUGAGAUCACUAAGAGGAGACGCAAGUCCUGCCAAGCCUGUCGCUUCAUGAAGUGUCUAAACGUCGGCAUGAUGAGAGAAGGUGUGCGGCUGGACCGAGUGCGUGGUGGCAGACAGAAGUACAAGCGCCGGAUAGACGCUGAGAACAGCCCCUACCUCAACCCUCAACUGGCCCUGCCUCCCAAAAAGCCAUUUCCCUUUGGCUGCCUUGCAGAUAACAAGAUCGUGUCGCACCUGCUGGUGGCUGAACCAGAGAAGAUCUACGCCAUGCCAGACCCCACCGUCCCCGACAGUGACAUCAAGGCCCUUACCACGCUUUGUGACCUGGCUGACAGAGAGCUGGUGGUCAACAUUGGCUGGGCCAAACACAUCCCAGGUUUCUCCACGCUGUCGCUGGCAGACCAGAUGAGUCUACUGCAGAGUGCAUGGAUGGAGAUUCUGAUCCUGCGUGUGGUGUACCGCUCGCUGUCCUUCGAGGACAAGCUGGUGUAUGCUGAGGACUACAUCAUGGACGAGGACCAGUCCAAGCUGGCAGGUCUACUUGAUCUCAACAACGCCAUACUGCAACUGGUGAAGAAAUACAAAGUCAUGAAGCUGGAGAAGGAGGAGUUUGUUACUCUCAAGGCUGUAGCUUUGGCUAACUCAGACUCCAUGCACGUAGAGGAUGUGGAGGCGGUGCAGAAGCUCCAGGAUGUGCUCCACGAGGCCCUGCAGGACUACGAGGCAGGCCAGCACCCGGAGGACCCUCGUCGGGCAGGCAAGCUGCUGAUGACCCUGCCCCUGCUCCGCCAGACCUCCACCAAGGCUGUGCAGCACUUCUACAGCAUCAAGCAGGAUGGCAAGGUCCCCAUGCACAAACUCUUCCUGGAACUGCUGGAGGCCAAGGUCUGAUUGGCCAACCACGUCCACCACCUCUGAAAUGUCAGUCAAUCACACACAGGCUCCUCCCAUUGACCCCCCCAAAACCCCACAUGACAUCUGAAUUUCCCAAACUCGCCACCCACUGAGAAAGAUCGGUGGGAGUAACCUCUGAACUUUAAUCUCUGACCUCCGUGCAUUAGGGGAGACACUGACACUGAGACGAGAUCUCUGCUGGAGGGUCGUCUGUGUACAAACUAUAGCCAAGUCAUAAACCAGCUACCAUAACAAUGGCACUGUAAACUAUUGACUAUCGACCUCGUGUCACUUAUACAUAUAAGAAUUAUUAACAAUGUGAUUAUUGACUAUUGACUGCUAAAAAUAUUGAAAGGAGUAAUUUAAAAAAGAAAAGAGAGAGAGAGAGACACUGCUCUGGUUGUCUUAGCAGCAGAUAGACUGUAAAGCUUCUUCUUCUCAGUUUCCCAGUUUUUACAGGACAUGCUCUGCGGAAGAAAAAAUAACAUUAACACGUACUUUUUGUUGAUGAUUUUCAUGAAGAAAUGGAUAACGGAAAGAUAAGACAAGAGGAGGGGAGACUUGCCCUGCCAAAGGAUGGAGAUCCAUUCAGUUGAUGUCCAGCAAACUUAACCAUCAGCCCCAAACACCUCAUCUGAUAGUCUGAGGCACCAUCUGGCCUGCUUAACUACAGUGUUAAAACACACACAAAGUUCCCACAUGCCAGCCGAUAAGAUCGUUGUCAUCACCCCCAGCCUUCCCUUUGGAUUUGUCAUUUGAAUCACUUACAGAUAUUAGACUUCCUCUUUACUCCUUUCUGUUGUCUUCCAAAGUGUUUUUACAGACAAGAAGUAGUGGCUUGAUUGUUAUUGUUUUCAGGGAGAUGGUGAAGCUUUAGUCACUCAUGCAAUAUGAAUGAGAGGUACAGGAGUGCUGAAGGGACAUAUUUAUGGUUGUUGCAACUUUUUUGGUCUUAUUUUUAUUGAAAUGAAUAAUGGUGUCAGUAUAUGGUUCGGUCAUCAUAUAUGGUCAAUGAUUAUUUUAUUUAGUUUAUAUUGUGUUAAUAAGAAAUCAAUCAAUGAAUGUUUAUUUCUAUCAGCUUUACCACUUUCAGCAAUUAUAUAUGAAUAUAUAUAUAUAUAAAUAUAUAUAUGGAUCGAAUUUGAUCUUCUCCAAGCAAUAGUCAUUUAAAAUGAGGGUGCAUAUUAACAUGUAUGCAAUUAAUGUUUGUGCCAGUCUUCGUUGGGAAAUGUUAACAUUUCUACCAGGUGUAGCUUCUCUCUCUGUGCUUGCCAUAGGCUAUUAGAUGACAUAGUCUUAGAUUCAAACUAACCCAAGGGUAGGGAGGCACCAUGAAUGUGGAGGCAAGCAAAUAACUCAUGCCCUUGUACCAACAACAGUAAUCUAUAGCCAAGAUAUAAUACUAAACUAGCAUUUAGGAAAGCUAAACUGCAACUGGGUCAUAGGAAGGAAUGAGGUUGGGAUUUGGUCCAGGGUUUUUGUAAACAGAUUAAGAACACCAAUAUCCGAAAUCUAGAUUAUGACGUAAUCUAAUAUAAAAUGGCAACUGGUUCCAGUUGAGAACCUAAACGAUAAAUCAAGUAACCUACGUCACUCUCUGUAACAAAUAUGUCAGUAUUAUUAGUAAGGGGUAUUUUCUGAACCUUCUUAACCAUUGUAUAUUGUAAAUUAACAGAUUAUAAAUCUAAUCUAAUACAUUUUAUUGGAAUAAAAUGAAAAAAAAUGAAAAAAAAUGAAAAAUUGUAGUUCAGCCUCUCAGUGUUUCAUGUUUGUUGUGUUUUUUCUGAAAGCGCUCCCUUUCUUUUCUUUCGUCGCUUUUGUUUCUUCCCUUUUGUUUCGUUCAACGUCAUCGUUGUGUACUUUCUGGUGGUGGUUCCAGUGCUCGUGGCGUGCGCUUUUUUAGACACAGGGUAGAAGUAGAUCAAAUACUCUAAAGUUAAGGUGUUCUCACAUACCUACCGACUCACCAGGAAACAAGGCUCUUCUAUUUAGCUAGUUCUGCUAAAUCAACAGAU